GUGAUCGAGUCGACGGAAACCAUCACGUCAGUGACGACAACACCGCAGCAAUGGCCCCCUCACGAGUCACCUACCGUCGCCGGAACCCAUACAACACCACGUCUAACUUGACGCGGAUUGUCAAGACUCCCGGCGGCAAGCUUAGGGUUCUCCACAUCAAGAAGCGCGGCACUGCUCCCAAGUGCGGCGACUGCGGCGUCAAGCUCCCUGGUAUUCCCGCUCUUCGCCCCCGCGAGUAUGCUCAGAUUUCCAAGCCCAAGAAGACUGUCCAGCGCGCAUAUGGCGGCUCGAGGUGCGGUAACUGCGUCCGGGACCGUAUCGUCCGGGCGUUCCUCAUCGAGGAGCAGAAGAUCGUCAAGAAGGUGCUGAAGGAGCAGAGCCAGGCUGAGAAGAAGAAAUAAACGGGCUUAGUUUCUGGUUGGGACGACGGAUGCUAGGUUGACGGUCUCAUUGCUUCGGUGUUCACUGGGGAAACGGGCGGCAUGCCAUACGCACGCACAUACAGCCGGGGUUGGCUGUCUUUGUUCUUAGGGCUGCUUUGUACUCCGGGAUGAGGUUCUCAAUGGAAUUGGACUUCAGGCCAUACUCCGUGGGGGUUGGGAUGCUGGUGGAAGAUCUAGCAUGGGCAUCUUUGAGCGCCGAUCGACAACCAAAUUCGGUCAUGAAUGAACAAUCGAAGCAAGAGUCGCGCCCAUG